AUGGCGAGCCAUCUAUCUUCGCAGCAGGGCGGCUUCAACGCAGCACCGACACCCUCGCCAAUCGGAGGACGAAGCUUUAUUGACCAUGCCAAGCUACGUAUCCUUCUGGCGCCCGUCGGUGGCAUAUCGGAAGCAGACUUUGCAAAAUGGUGCGACUACGUACGAUCAUUCGAGACCAUUCGACUGGCCGACUUGCCUUCGCACUGCACCGCCAGACAGCGUGCUACCAACACAACAGGCUCUGGAGGGAGCGCCUCGUCGUCUUCAGCUUCAUCGCCAAUACUGCAGACAGGCGAGAUCCAUCUCUCGUUUGUCACCAGCUACGACCCGGACCAUUCGUUCUUGGCACCGUUCAACAUGCAUAGACAGGUGCUCGGCGCACUGGGUCUAGCGACAUACUCGAACAAUGCGGUGCUCAAGCACGAGCUGGAAGCAAGCCCAUCGGCGUUAAGGGAGCUGCAUCCGGGAGCGCUUGUACAUCGCGUGUUUGGGUUUGAUUCCGGCGCCAAGCGACCCGAAACGGUGGAUCUCAGCUCAAUCAAGGAUGUGGUCGCUGCCAAGCUCAGUGGUGCUCAGCGAGCUCCAUCUCCUUUGGCAAAAGAGUCUAUUACAGAAUAUACUGAUCAGGAGACAAAUGGAGGGACGGAUCAAGGAGCCUCAGCUUCACCUACGCUGAAUCCACCAAUGUCGCCGGAUGCAUCCGGCUUCUCGGCGCACAAAGAUGGCGGGCUUGUCAUCUUUCCCGCUGUACGCAAGGACGGCAAGGACGUGCGCUUCUACCUCAAGACGCUGCUCGCCGACCUCGUCGCCAACAUCUUGGAUGGUCUGGAGCAUAUCGUGACGGGCCUUGAGGGGACUCCGUUAGAGACACCGAGGGAGACGCUCGAUGGAAUCACCACGAACAGGCACUCUUCGGCUUCCGCUGCUUCAUCCGCCUCGACCGGCUCCUGGCUCAGCAAGACGAGCUCUGCGGCGACUGGAGCGGCAAGUAGAGCUUCCAGUCUCUUUACCGCUUUCAGCAGCACUACCGGUGGAGACCUGGGCACGGGCGGCGUAUCGACUCCGACAUCAUCCCGUCCAUCGAGUGCAAUUGGUGGGGGAUCGCAGCCGUUCGACUUGAGCUCUCCGACCUCUGGUACAUCAUCGCCAACAUCCGAGAACACUACCCGAAGCAAGAUUCUCGCAGCUAAUGCCAACAAGAAGAGUGCAAAGCGUGUCACGAGCGCCUCAGGAACCGGUCCGACGGGGACGGGACGAUACGCGAAAGUCAAGGCUGAUCUGCAUCUCCUUUCAGGAAACCUGUGGGAUGCUCUCGAGGGGUAUUCUAGUGCUCUUACAGCAUUAGGAAAGGAGCGGGCGCUAGCCGGCGGCCAAGAUGCAGUUUGGUUUGCUAGCGCGCUCGAAGGCUUUUCCGUGACGCGCGUUCUUGUCUCUCGAAUGGGUGGUGUCGUGCUUGAAAAGGCGCCGUGCUUCGACCUUCCCUGGACAUCUUCCUCUACCAAGGACAAGGACAAAGACAAGGAAAAGGACAAGGACGGCAUCGCUCGACCUUACGCCAAGCAGAGCUGGGGCGAGAUCGCUGAAGCAUACACGAUUGCGGUGGUCAUUUAUUCGAAAUGUCUUGCUCCGCCCAGCGUACUACUGGAGCCAGCGAGAUCGGUGACGAAUGAUUCGCCUAGAGACUACACGCACCCGUUGAUUCACGCGAGCGCUUGCACGCAGUAUGCACGCUUCUUGCUGGCUGUGUGGGCGUCGGGAGGAUGGAACGGCGAAUGCUUCGACCAGCUUGUCUACGGAGGUGUACCGCCUGCGCUGGCGGAGGAGAAGCCUACAAAUGCCAUGUACCUUGGCUUCACCGCUGUCUCUGGUAUCGCGAGGCACGACAUUGCUGCAGCUGCGUCCUCAGCUCUCUCGCACUCGAUCGUCGCUCUGAAACCAACAGACCAGAUCACACUGCUCAGUACGCUCACUGCCAUCUUUGGAUGCAUUGGCUUUUCGAGGAGAGAGGCGCACUUACUGCGCCACCUCCAAUCUACGAUUGUAGGGCUUUUGGUCAAAGCAAAACGGGUCAGCGCACGAGCACCGAGUACAGCGUCGUUGCCGAUCCUGCAGCACCAGCAGUUUGGCAAGCAAAACGACGAGCUGUUGGGCAACGUUGUAGCCCAGACGACGUACGACUCGCUUGGGCGCGGUCCCGAGGCAGUGCUUGUGCUGGCCAUGCAGAUCUGCGAGACGUACGGCAUCCAUGUCGAAGUGGAUCCGCUGCGAAACAUUCCAGCGUACCACAUACUGUCCAAGGCGUCAGAGGGACUGCGCAGCGCAUACGCUUCACCUGCGCUUGGGGACGCCGAAGAAUGGACGUCGUCCGAGCAUUCUCCGGCUUCCUCUCCGAGUGCAGAUGGAGGACACGCAUUGCUGACGCCGCUUGAAUUAGCAAACGAAGCACCGUUUGGAUGGAAGGAACAGCAGAUCGCUCUGCUCAAGGAGACCAUCUCGAUCGCCGAGCUGCUAUCGGACUACGUCGGAAUGGCAUUCUUCGGCGCCAUCCUGCUUCGCGAUUUUCACCCGCUGCUCGGUGCGCAAGACCAAAAGGAUCUGAUAAUUGGCAUGCAGCGUGCUGUGCAAGCCGCUCGCUGGGCUGGAGCUCAAGAUCUCGAAGUCAAGUAUUGGGGUCCACCGGAACCGCUGUGCAGCCUCGAGCUCCUCCCACUACCAGCGGAGCGCAUGCCGUACGAAAAAGACGCAAAACAGGUGCUGACGGAUCCCAGCGCUACGGCUGCGGCCGCAGACCAAGGAGUAGCGGGCCUGAACAACCCUUUCUUCUGGAAUCCCUCUGGCGGUGCGACCGCCGGUAAAGCGAAAGCGAUAGCGGUUCAGGGAGAGCCUAUCCACGUCAUGGCGACGUUGCAAAACCCGUUUGCGGUCGAUCUGCACAUCGACACAGUAAAACUCGUCGGCAAAGGCGCGGGCUUUGUCGCUCAAGAGGUUGAAAGAGUGUCGAUCCCACCGUGCUCUUUCCAGACCGUGCGGUUGUCCGGUGUUGCUGCGGAGACGGGACAGGUGACGAUCAAGGGCAUCACUCUCGUCCUUGCUGGCGGGUGUACGGAAGAACAGACGUUCCUGCUACCCAUCUAUGAUGAGGAGAAUUCGAAGCAUCGACGCAAGCAGGCUGCUGAGCACGACGAUCGCGCUACGCGGCUUAAAAUGACGGGACUCGACGCAAGGAGCUCGGUGAUCAAGCAGAAAGCCGGUGGUGCUGCCGCGGCGACGGGUGGUGUGGCAGGCGAUGCCAAGGCUGCAGCCAGGAAGUGGCUGGAAGUGGCAGUCGUAGCUGCGCAGCCCAGCCUCGCUGCCUUCUGCAACGAACUCGAGCCGCUCGGUGGUCUAGACCUCCUCGAAGGCGAAUCGCAAACCAUCCAUCUCGAGCUGCACAAUCUUUCCCCAACGCUAAACGUCAACUUCAUCAGCAUUGCCUUCAUCGACGACGUCAGCGAAGCCGCCAAAGCUGCGCUCACAGAGGGCGAGCUCAUGCCACAAGACGUGCACGAGAUCGAAUGGGACCUCGUCCACCAACCGGUGCUGUCUCAGAUCGCCACACCUCCGUCGUCCGUAGCGGUGCGCGUGGAGCCGGGCGCGUCGACGACCUUUCCGAUCCGGGUUCGCGGAAAAGCGGGCUGCACGAGUGCGAGCGUGAGCGUCGAGUACGGGCUUGUGGACUGGGAGCGGGUGGGGGCCAAGUUCUGGGUGCGACGCGUCGAGGUACCGAUGCGGCUGAGCAUUCACCCCGUGGUGGUGUGCAGCGCGUUGACGGUGGCGCCUCUGAAGGCGAGCGAAGCGGCGAGGUUGACUAUGGAGUGCUUGGCUUCGUCGGAUGGUGUGCCGGCUUCGUUGAAGACGUUUGCGGAAGCGGGGAGUGCAAAGGGCAAUGCAAAGGAGGAUGAAGAGGGUGGUCUGCUGACUAGUCCUGGUGCAGCAUCGGGAGUCGUUGAAACGAACCCGGAAGUGGGCGCGGAAGAAGACGAUUCGGAGUACAGUCUUCUCAGUGUGGACGUGUCGAAUGUGCUUGGGGAAGACGUAUUGCUGCAAUUCGCUCUCGACACGGGCGGCGUCACUCCUCUGCACCUGUAUCGCAUUCUGCGUGCUGGUACGAGCACGCGCAUCGUGUUGCCCCAGCCGCGGCUCGAGCUGGAUCCUGCCACGGGAUCACCUUUUGCGCCUUCUGGAUACUCCAAGAUCGCCCCCUCAGCCGCUGACCAAAAGCCCAGUAGUGGGGGUGAGGAAAUGUUCCCUCCAAUCCCGUCUACAUGGAAGGAAAACACCUCGCGCCAGUUCAUCGUCUCCAAGGUCCAGCUCGACAAGAAUCAAGACAAGCAGGUCCGCCGCAAUUUCUGGUACCGCCAAGCUCUGUUCGAUCGCCUCAGUGCAAGGUGGAGGACUCUGCCUGCAGCUACUCAAGGCAGCGGGGUGUACGGUGAUCUGAAUGGGUCGGGACUAUGGGCAGACGUGGUCAGGUUCGGCGCUGUGCCUUUCCGAGGGUUCGUUUCGGGCGGAGGACUGGUGCUGGACGAAGUGUCGCUGUCGCAUCUCCAGAAGGAUCCGGUCAAGGUCUCGCUCGUUCUCAGCAGCGGCGGUGGAAGCGAGGUGAGGGCAGAAUCGUUCGUCACCGUCACGGCUACUGUGACGAACAGGCUUCCCAGGCCGAUUCAACCGCUGAUCCGGCUCGUGCCCACCACACCGGAGGCAGGGGGAACAGAUGCACCGCUGACCGACUCAGUGAUUGUCGCAGAUGGCUCGUUUGGCGCACCCAAGCAGUCGACGGCUCUGCCGGGCCGUGGAGGCGAGAGAGUGCUGGAGUGGAGCGUCACGUUCCUCUCGCCAGGCAAGUUUGGGUUCUUGGUCGUGGUAGAGGAAGCGACACAGCCGACACGCGGGGAGAGGUUGAGCUUUGUUUCUGCUCUGCACGCCGUGAACGUUCUACCUGCGUUGUAG